AUGCUGCUUCCGAAGGGUGGUGUAACGUGGAAGUCCGCCAGAGCCAGGUUGCCCCCAUGGCGGGCUAUCCUAGUUCUAGUGACAAGGACGCGUUUCUUAAUAUCUCUGGCCAUUACUGGCCUAAUUGUUUUGUUAUGGCGCGGGAUUAGCAGUUCCGCAUCUGAAAUGCAAAAUUUCUAUUGCUAUGGACCUUCAAAGGCGCCAAUGGAUAUGAGUCUCAACGAGAUGGCAGAAUGGACCGCCCACGCCCAGACUCCAGUUCUCUUCAACUAUCACAAACCUUACGAAGUGAAUUCCAGUUCCAUUACAAGCGUCGACCUCAAUCCCAUCAAGUCGACAACCCAAGCUGUACAAAACUCGGAGCGCAUCCUCAUUCUCACCCCGUUGCGGGAUGCUUCUUUCCAUCUGAACAGAUAUUUCGACCUGAUCUACAAAUUGACCUACCCGCACGAACUGAUUGACCUGGCUUUUCUCGUCGGAGAUUGCAAAGAUGAUACUUUGGCUAUUCUCACCUCCGAAUUGCAGCGGAUCCAGGACCAAGGCGACAAGAUCGCUUUCCGGAGCGCAACAAUCAUCCAGAAGGAUUUCGGCUCUGAGUUUGAAAUGUCUGUGGAGGACAGACACUCAUUCGCCGCCCAGGGUCCUCGCCGUAAGGCUAUUGGCAGGGCCCGGAACUAUUUGCUCUACUCUGCUCUUAAGCCCGAUCAUUCUUGGGUUUACUGGCGUGACGUUGAUAUUGUGGACAGCCCGGAAACAAUUCUGGAGGACUUUAUCGCCCACGAUAAAGAUAUUCUAGUCCCUAACAUUUGGUUCCACCGUUACAACCAGGAUAAUGUUGAUAUUGAAGGCCGGUUCGACUACAACUCUUGGAUCGAAUCCGAUAAAGGACGAAGACUUCGAGCGACUCUGGACCCUGAUACCGUUCUGGCCGAAGGUUACAAGGAGUACGACACGGGACGUGAAUACCUCGUCGGCAUGGGUGACUGGAGGAAAGACAAGGAUAAGGAAGUGGAGCUUGACGGUAUUGGUGGUGUCAAUAUCGUCGUGAAGGCGGAUGUUCAUCGCUCAGGGAUCAACUUCCCCGCAUAUGCUUUCGAGAACCAGGCUGAAACCGAAGGGUUUGCCCGAAUGGCCAAGCGUGCUGGAUACCAGGUCAUUGGAUUGCCGAACUAUGUUGUCUGGCACAUUGAUACUGCUGAAAAGCCGGGUAACCUUGGUGACCGCAAGGCGUACUAG